AUGGCACCAAACUCCAUAGAUGAUUCUUCAAAUGUUUCUGCAGCUGGCACAGUUGCUCAACCAAUUGCCAUGAACAAACUUGGUUUCAUCGAUGGAACAUAUUCAGUACCAGAUGUUUCUUCCACUGACUUCAAACAGUGGAACCAUUGCAAUAAUAUGGUUAUAUCAUGGAUUUUGAACUCUCUAUCCAAGGACAUAGCUGAAAGUGUCCUUUAUUCUAAAACUACAAAUGACAUUUGGAAAGAACUUGAAGUUAGAUUUGGACAGUGUAAUGGUGCUCAACUUUAUCAGUUGCAAAAAAAGUUGAGUGAUGUCGUGCAAGGAACAUCUGACAUAGCAGAAUAUUAUACAAAGGUGAAACGGAUCUGGGAUGAGUUAGAUACCUUGAACACUUGUGUGCAUUCUGCUUGUGAAUGCAACUGUGGAGGAAAGUCAAGAACUUCAAAGUCUCUUCAAGAUGGCAGGCUCAUCCAGUUCCUCAUGGGACUUAAUGAUAUAUAUAUUUAG